CAAUGAUGUCGUGGAUCAAAAAGUAGAAAAAAGCGAAUUUACUAAAGAUCUGCAGGUAAAGUGGAUUCAGUGCUCUAUCUAUAAGCAAAUAUUACAGUUGACUUUGGAAUUAAUGGUACAUUUAUCAAUUUUAUAUUUUUUGAAGAAGGUGGUUUCUAUUCCAAAAAAUAAACAAAAUGUUCCAGAAUAACACCAACAGAAAGGGAUUAAAAGGAAAAGUGCUUGAUCCUGAUAUAGAUUAUUCUAAAGUGAAAAGUGUUCAUAGCAUAUCGUCUUGGUGGGGAAUCGGAGGAAUUUUUCUGAUAUUGUUUAUUGGUAAUCUUACCAGUUAUACCAACUCGCACUUACCAGAUGCGCUCCGAAAUGCUCAUUUAGCUAAAUAUCCAGAUGCUUUCAUUGCGGAACGAGCGUACAAAGACUUGAAGAUAUUAAACGAUUUUGGCCCAAAGCCUACUGGAAGUUAUACCAAUGAGGUCCUGGCAGUGGAUUUUCUAGUUAGGGAAAUAUCGUACAUUGAUCAACUGAAAAAUAAAAACCAGAAACUGAUUGUCGAUAAGCAGAUUGCUUCCGGUGGGUAUGUUGGAGUCUAUAUGAACAAAUCAGCAACGAGUGUAUAUCGCAAUAUACAAAAUGUGGCAGUAAAACUAGUCGGUAGAAAUAGUGACCAAGCGUUACUGUUGAAUUGCCACUUUGAUUCAGUAGCAACAAGUCCCGGAGCUAGUGAUGACUUAUCCGGUUGUGUAAUAAUGCUCGAGAUUUUACGAGUUAUGUCCCGACAGCCAGAUGUCAUUUUAUAUUCCAUAAUAUUUCUAUUCAAUGGUGCAGAAGAAACACCACUUCAAGCAUCACAUGGUUUUAUAACUUCGCAUCGUUGGGCUAAAGAAGCAAAAGCUUUCAUCAAUCUUGAAUCUGCGGGAUCUGGCGGAAAAGAAAUGCUGUUUCAAAGUGGUCCCAAAAAUCCCUGGCUUAUCGAAAUGUAUGCAGCGGCAAUAAAAUAUCCUUACGCCCAAGCCGCCGCAGAAGAAAUAUUUCAGUUAGGUGUUAUUCCUUCUGAUACUGAUUUUCGUGUAUUCCGCGAUGUAGGCGGCAUUCCAGGAAUGGAUUUCGCCUAUACAGCCAACGGCUAUCGAUAUCACACGAAAUACGAUUCUAUCGAAUACAUUCCGAUGUCAGUACUACAACGAACAGGAGAUAAUAUUCUAUCGCUCACGAAAACAAUUGCUAAUUCGGAUAAACUAGGCAAACAGCACAGGAAAACAGAACAUACGGUGUACUUUGACUUUCUUGGUUUAUUCUUUAUCUUCUACUCGGCAGACGUAGGACUGAUGAUCAAUCUCUCGGUAGUCUUAUUAUCGAUUAUUAUACCGUUUUUGUCACUAGCUAGAUCUACUAGUGGUACCCACGGACGAGAAAUUCGCUCCGAAACUAUGAUCGGUUUCGUGGCAACAUUCUUAGGAGCAGGAGCCGCUGCAUUAAUAUGUUUUAUAAUCGCCUACCAAAUAGAUCUGAUGGGGCGCUCUAUGUCAUGGUAUUCAUCAUCAAAUUUAGUGCUGGGCAUGUAUUGCGGUCCUGCACUGCUUUGCCAAUGUUUAGUUCAUAUGAUGAUUGGUAAUAUGUGCAGCAGUAAAACGACCCCUCUGAGCUUAGCAUUAAAAGUUCAAGCACGUUUGAAUGGUGUCAAUCUAUUCUGGGGAAUGGCUACCCUUGGAAUCACUUUUACUGGCUAUCGGAUCGCAUACGUUUUUAUGAUUUUGAUCUUUUUCUCACUUCUUUCGAAUACAUUAAUCUCAAUGUUCGGAUUGCAGAAUACAGUUCACAAGUGGCUCUACAUUCAUCUGUUCUUUCAAAUAGGUGCUAUUUUGUGGUGCACACAGUUCUAUCAUAUUAUGUUAAACAUGUUUAUCCCGAUUACGGGUCGCAUCGGAGCAUCAAUCAAUCCAGACUUUAUCAUAGGAAUGAUAGCAGCGGCAAUCACGCUUUUCACCUGCAGCUAUAUAACUCCUUUGCUAUUUCUAUUGAAGAAGACAGAUAAAUUAAUAGGUGAGCUGGUGGCCAUAACAUUAAUUUCCCUUUUUUUGGCAACAUCUACGCACAUUGGUUUUCCAUAUCGCGACGACACCAUAAAGGCUCCAACCGUACAGAGACACUAUAUAACUCAUACUUUAAGAACGUUCUACGAUUACAAUGGUGAAAAGCGGUUUUCCGAUUCAGGAUUCCUACUACAAGAACUUGAUCGUAAUGCUCGAAAAACGAUCGAGGGUAUUGCUAUGCCAGACACGAUAACGCCAAUGCGCGAAAUACAAACCUGCGAAAAAGAGCUCUUUUGCGCUAUUCCUUUUUAUUCGAUCUGGCAUCAAGUGUUGUUUGAAAAUUACUGGAUUUCCGCACCGCAGCCAAUCAUACACUCAGAGGUCAAAUGUUCCAUGAGAAGCAAAAAUAAAAUUUCUGACUAUAUAACAGAACUCCAGCUCACGUUGAAUGGAGAUCACCAAUGCUCUCUAGUUAUAGGACCUAGAGCAGGCGUAACACUCAUACAAUGGAACCUUGUUGAACAAUUAGCUAGCCCUAUUGAGUUCAAUGGACAGCGCGGCUAUUUUGUCCUUAUCAGUAGUGGAAUUAACCCAGGACCAAUGAAUUUUACGCUACAACUUAGACAUGAAAUGCCCAACUACGAUGGUCCUCUCAUUGACAUUACAGUGACAACAACAUUCUGGGAAUACCAAAAACAUCAUACGCCAGUAUUUAAAAAACUUCUUUCUCGCGUUCCAGCUUGGUGUCAUAUAGUCCCAUCAGUAGCAGCGCUCAAUAGUUAUACAUUUUAAUAUUUAGCUAGACUUUCAAACGUCUUGUUGGGCGAUUGUGCAAAAGUGCCCCUUAUUCGAAUAGCUGAAACACAAGUUUCAUAAGUGAAGCUUCUCAUAGAUGCAGUGUCUUAUCCCACUCAUUAGUAUGCUCAAAUAUUAUAUAGACAGUUUUGACUAUCUUUUAGAAUCUCUUCCUUCCAACCUUUUAAAAAAUGUUGCUUGAAUUACUUACGGUGAUGGCUGGAUACUUCCAAUGGCAAGAGAUUGCCUGAUUUUUUUCAGACUCAAGGAUUUCUAACGUGGUGAAGGUCGACUGCCAUAUAUGCUUACGUGUUUAUUUAUACAACGUUAUAAAAGCUUUUAGGAACACUUUCCUAUAAGCAAAAACAGUAAUGGUAAAUCAUCUAAAGACUACUCGCUUAGGAUGAUAAAGGGAUGGUCCAACCAGACAAAGAUAAAAUUUAAGGAAUAAAUGUAAUCGUGACAACUGCAAAAAUUUCAGAAACAAUAAUGUUCCUUCCGUAGCACUAUAUAGUCACGUGAAAAUACAUCAUAAACAAUAGAGCACGACAAAAAGGUUCUUUAUUUGUCUCUAUUUAUAGAUCACUACAAAUUUAGGCAAAAGAAAUCACUGAAAAGCUUUACUUUAAAAAUCGUUUAACAAAAAAAAUCUAAAACAUUAACUUGGUCGAAAAUUAGACUCAGUCUAUAGGUCCAUAGUCAGUCAAUAGAAUUGCAGCACUAGCCCCUCAAUUGCACUGCACUGGAACAGUUGGCUGCGAAGUCUGUCGAAUAAAAACAGAAGAUCAGGUUUCGAAAAUGGAAGUUAGCAUAUAGGCUUUGAUUUUUACAAGCCUUGAAAUCAUGCUCGAAACAUUAUUAUAAUACUCUGAAAUGUAAUUGCACUAUUUAGAAUUUCUACUACUUCGCAUUUAGCUUAUAUUGUGUUUAAUAUUCAAUAAUUCAAUUGAAUGUACGUGUUCUAUUGUUCCUUUAGAAUCUCCUGAUGCAACGAUUAAGCUUUUUACUUGUAAUAUAUGAUAUUGUAUAGCAUUACACGGAAAAAAUAGUAACAACAGAAAAUAAUACUUUUAGUAUGUGUCUUAUAAUUAUUAUAGGAUCUUUAUAGGAAUACUAAUAUGAAAAAUAGCUAGAUAAGGUAGAUAAUAAGGUAAGAUUUUCUUAAACUAAAUCGAUGUAUUGCACAUUUUUAAUAAUCAAAGAAUUCAUAAUCUACAUCUACGUAUCUUUAAUUGGGGUGUAUAGGACACAAAUUAUUCGGAGUAAAGCCCAUUUGUUUUGUUGUAUUAAGCUAGAAACUUGCACAUGUAAAAAGCAAACUUGUAAGUAACUCAAAAGAAUAAAAUGGUGUCCAAACACACUGGAAUAUGGUCACUGAAAAUGUUAAUUGUUUUACAUGUGACCGCAUUUAUACAAACAAUGCCGAACUUCCGGAUGGAAGUAACACGGGCACCUAAGAUUCGAAUAUAAAGUAAAUAAGUUUAGCUAAUGCUGUAUUUCCUCCCAAUAUUCACAGAAAAGAAAUACAAAAUAAAU